GCCUCAGCGGGCAGGCGCAGUGAGACCCCAGCUCUCUCCUUCACGUUGCCCUCUCGGAGGCAGCGGCUCACUCGGCUUUGAUCACCAGGAGGCAUCGAGGCUGCAGGCAGAAUGUCUGUGCCACCAUCAUAUGCAGACUUGGGGAAAUCCAGUCGGGAUCUCUUCACGAAAGGAUAUGGGUUUGGUUUGGUGAAGCUGGAACUCAAGACCAAAUCAUCGAGUGGAGUGAUGGAGUUUACCACCUCUGGCUCUUCAAAUACUGACACGGGCAAAGCCACAGGCAGUCUGGAAACCAAAUACAAGCUAAAAGAGUACGGACUAACCUUCACUGAAAAAUGGAAUACUGAUAAUGUUUUAUCCAGUGAAAUAACCAUCGAAGAUCAGCUUGCUAAAGGACUAAAGCUGACUUUUGACACGACAUUUGUACCAAAUACAGGUAAGAAGAGUGGAAAGCUGAAGACUGCCUACAAACGAGACUACGUGAACCUGGGCUGUGAUAUUGAUUUUGACUUUGCUGGCCCCACCAUCCACAGCAUGGCUGUGUUGGGCUAUGAGGGCUGGUUUAUUGGGCACCAGAUGGCCUUUGACACUGCCAAAUCCAAGCUGGCACAGAACAACUUCUCUCUGGGCCAUAAAGCAGGGGACUUCCAAUUGCAUACCCAUGUUAAUGAUGGUGCUGAGUUUGGUGGCUCAAUUUACCAGAAAUUGAAUGACAAAGUGGAAACUGCUGUGAACCUCGCUUGGACUGCUGGUAGUAACAAUACUCGUUUUGGGAUUGCUGCCAAGUACCAAAUUGACAGUGACACCUUUGUAUCAGCGAAGGUGAACAACUCCAGCCUGAUUGGAUUGGGAUACACUCAUACUCUUAGACCAGGUGUGAAGUUGACGCUGUCUGGACUGAUUGACGGGAAGAAUUUCCAUGCUGGGGGGCACAAGGUUGGCAUGGGCUUUGAGCUCGAAGCUUAGUAUUGAGGAUGAAAUGGUAACACCUUUUGGGUUGGCUGCUGAAAUUCAAAUUGAUGAAAAUAAAUUGCCCUUCUCCUCCAUGGACCAGGCACAGAAGAAUCAUGCGAAGUUUUGGCCUUAAAAUUGAUUUUGAUCUAAAUGGCCAGCCUGCUUUGCUGGGAGGUAUCCGUACUGGAUUGGUUUCCCAGUUAACACGAGGUGGAGGUUGUUUUCACUGAGCAAUGUUAGUGUUCUCAACUAUUUCCUGAAAAACCCAGCUUUAAAUCAUGUAUUACAAUCAACAUUUAAUUUCCUUUCUGUGACUGCAUGUGGUAGAGACAUUUAAUGCCAUUUUUAAAUCACUUCACUGUAUCAGGUGUCUGAAGAAAAAUAAAAGGAUGUGAUGGA